GCUGCUCAGACAUACUCUCAAAACUAAGUCUGUAACCAUGGCCACAUUUGCUUAUGCCACCACCACCGCCAUUGUCUUCCUCAUCCUCCUCCCGCUGUCUUGCUCUUCCGAAUCGAUUUUUCACAACCAUCACCACGACGCCUCCUCGUCCGUCCGGAAAUCGGACGUCGAUCUUUUGGAGUUUCCUUUGAAUUUAGAGUAUUUGGAAGCUGAGUUCUUUUUGUAUGGCUCUUUGGGGUAUGGCUUGGAUAAAGUUUAUCCGAGCUUAGCCCAAGGAGGUCCGUCUCCCAUUGGUGCCAAAAAGGCACAUUUGGACGACUUCACUAGGGAUGUCAUCGAGCAAUUUGGAUGGCAAGAAGUUGGACACUUGAGAGCUAUUAAGAAAACUGUGAAGGGUUUCCCAAGGCCAUUGUUGAAUAUAAGUGCAGCAUCAUUUGCUCAUGUGUUUGAUUCUGCAUUUGAGCGUCCCUUAAAUCCACCAUUUGACCCUUAUGCCAAUUCAAUCAACUAUCUCCUUGCAUCCUAUCUCAUUCCUUAUGUUGGUCUCACUGCCUAUGUUGGUGCAAGCCCUAAGCUCCAAGGUGCUACUGCCAAAAGGCUAGUUGCAGGUCUUUUGGGUGUGGAAUCAGGCCAAGAUGCAGUGAUUCGAGCAUUGCUAUACGAGCGUGCAAAGUUGAAAGUAGAACCAUAUGGCAUUACAGUGGCUGAGUUCACAACUGUCAUUUCGGAACUAAGGAAUAAGCUAGGACACGAAGGUUUGAAAGAUGAAGGCCUUGUGGUUCCCAUAGACUUGGGUGCUGAGGGAAAAGUUAGCGGCAAUAUUCUUGCCGGAGACGAGUACUCAGUUGCAUAUGACAGGACUCCGGAGGAGAUACUAAGGAUCGUAUACGGUAGCGGUAAUGAACGUGUACCUGGCGGUAUCUACCCUAAAGGAGCUGGCGGCCGGAUUGCUAAAUCUUAUUUGAAAAAGGAAUAGGAGAGAUUUUUCAGUGUGACCGGUAGAUGAAGUGGUACACCACGUGUUAUUAUAUAAAUGGUAGGAUAUGUGUGUUAAAAAGUUAAUAACUUAAAAAAAUAGGACUAGUUUGGUUGCCAUCUAGUUUACCUUCUUCAGAAUGUUUUUUUUUUCUUUUUUUUCUUUCCCUUUUCUAGACAGAAUAAAUCAUGUUUUUAAUUAAUUUGAUGUAAGGAAUCGUUUCAUGCUUCAUUUUGUUCGCAUAAAUCCUUCGAGUUUGUUCACAUAAUAUUAUAUUAAUAGAGCACGGAAAAUGCAGUAAGAAAACUCUUAUAAUAA